GGCCACUCUGGGCAAGUUCUAGGGGUGGGGUCAGCCUCCGCCAGACCGUACCACCUUGACCCCACCCCCCUGGGAAAAGUCUCCCCUUCUGCUGUAAUUCCACAGUUUGAACUUCAUAUCUCUGAUUUAAAGCUGCAUUAUCUAUUAUCAUGUGGCUGCCCCAGAUGAAGGAGCAGUGCAGCGAGCUCAGCCAGCACUGGAUAGAAGGGGCAGGGGCACUGAGAGGCCUCCCCACAGACACGGCAAUGAGUCCAGGGGCGAAUCUCAAGCCCUGUGAAGACCCACAGAUGACACCAAGUCUCUGCUCCUGUGAGGCCCCAGGGCCAGGCUUUGGCAGCAUCCCUGGGCCCAACCCGGACACAACCCUUGUUCCUAACUCAGAUCUGCCCCCAAGUCCUGGCUCGGCCCUUGUUCCAGAGCUGAAUCCAACUCUGAGUCCUGACCCAGGGGAGGCCCCUGGCCUAGUGACCAACGACACUCCCAGGCUUGCUGACAGCAGGGCCACGACUCCAGCUUCCUUCCAGACUGCCACUUCCUGUUCUGUGGCGACCCUGAACCUGGAUGUGAAUCAUGUCUUAAAGCCUGACCCACAGGGACCCCCUUCUCCAGCCUUAAACCCCACUCCUAGCCCCGGCUCUCCUGAGACCACAGGUCCGGGCUCCAGCAGUCCUUCUGCGCAGAGUUCUGAGGAGCCCUUCCUGUCCCUCUCCGGGAGCAAGGCUUUUGAGCUGGCUCAGAGUAACUCCAGUCCUUCUAGGCCUGCGUCAAACCCAUUUAUAAGGCUCCAUUCCAGAGAAAGCCUGGCUCUGGGCUACUGCCUCUCCAGGCUGGGCUCACACGCGCUGCUCCUGCCAACCUCUGACGCGUCUCUGGGUUCCGACUCUAGCCAGCUGGCCUGUCCCGGCAGCGGAAACGUCUCCAAGCACAGCCUGAAAACUGCUACAGGUUCUCGUGGGGCCCUAGUCCCAGACACAAGUGAGCCUGUCACGUUGGCGUCCCAUAACCUCUCCGAAAUUGAUCUGAAAGGAGCCUUUGAGGCAACCUGGAGUGCAGCUUCCCAGGGGUCACUCAAGGUGGCUUUAAAGGGCCAUACUGGAUCCGAUCUGAACAUGACCGUCAUCCAGGCUUCCAGCCUGAUGCUGGUCCCUGGCUCCAGCGAUGGUACCAGCCUGCACUCCAGCACCCAUGGACCCAGCUCCGCCUUCUCUCCACCCUCUUGCCUGACCCUGAUCCUCAGCUCCAAGGAGACCCUGAGCUCCAGCCUCUUGAUCAGAGAUACCUCCACCCUGACGCUGAGCAGCCAGCAGGACAGUUCCUGUUGGGAGGACAGCAGCGUCCUCACCACGCCCCUGGAGAACCUACAGAGCUGGGGUGAGGGCCCCAGUGUGGAUGCUGGCCAGGUCCCGCCUGGGCCGUCCACCUCCAGCACGGGGGACCAGGUUGCCACACCCAACAGCUGCCUCCCUGCGGAGGCCUCUGAUGAAGUGACCUCGUCUCCGGAGAAGGUGCCAGAGGAGAGAGAAGACAGCAGAGAAAUGGCUCUGGUCCAGAACAAGGUCCCCCAGGACCUGCUGAGAGCAGAAGGAGAGAAGAAGACCGUGAUGAUGAAGAUGAUGAGGCAGAUACAGGAGGAACCGCUGGAUUCGCUCUUGACCUCAGUCCGCUGGCGGGCCAUGGAGACGCUGACCCAGCUGAGCCACAUGAGGCUGGUGCUGGACGUGCAGGAGCGAGCACAGCUGGUGAGCACGUGUGUGCACAGUGUGUUCUCACUGCCCUCGGUGCGGGCCAUGCAGGAGCAGGAUGAGGCCAGGGCUGAGGCCAUCCAGACACUCUACCACCAGACCCUGGAAGCCCUGCAGACCUUGCUCCAUGCCCUCUUUAUUGAAGACCCCACUCCUUCCGGACUCAAGAGCAUCUUGGAGCCCCUGGGGCCCUGGAUGAACUCUGGGAAGGCCCACGAGCGGGCUCGGGCUGUGAACAGCAACAUCUCUCUGCUGAACCACACGCUCCUGAGCCUGCCUUUCUACAUGUCCUCGGGGUUCCCGGCGCUGGGACUUCUUCUGGGGAGGCUCAUCCUUCGUAUUGGGGAUCCCGAUGAGGAGAUUGGCCGGAAGGCUCUGGACGGCGUCACCAUCCUCUACACGAUCCUGGAGCUCCAGAAACGAGCCAGAGAUAAGGAAGAGACCAACACGAAGGAGCUGUAUGAGAGCAACAAGCGCUUCCUGGGGCCCUACAACCCUGUCAGCCCAUGCCAGAACAUCCUGCGUGUGAUUGCGGAAUUCGGGGACUUUUUGGACCCCCAGCAGGUGAAGGACCUGCUGCUGGCAGCUGUGGAGGGGCUGAGAGGUGGUGCGGAGCCUUGGGGGAAGGAAGCUGGGGAGAUGAUGCAGCUGGCCUCGGAGGUCACGCUCAGCUCCGUGCUGGAGUGGUACCGCCACAAGGUGCUGGACGUGAUCCCAGAAAUCAUGCAGGGCAUCUACAGGCAGCUGAGUCACAUCCAGGACCCACGUGCCCGAGAGGUGGCCCUGCUGCCUGUCUCCUUCCUGGCCAGCUCCUUCAUGACCGAGGUCGUGGUGGCCCUGCUCAUGUGUCCCCUCCCACUGAACAGCAAUGGAGCCGAGAUGUGGAGGCAGCUGAUCCUGCGGAAGCCCAGCUGUGAUGUCCGGGACCUCCUUGAUCUGCUGCUGAGCAGCCUGAAGGAGAAGCCAGUUACCAAGAAGGGCCGGGCCUCCAUCGUGCCGCUGGCGGCAGCCAGCGGCCUGUGUGAGCUCCUGUCCGUCAACAGCUGUGCCAGCUGUGUGAGGCGCAUCUACCCCCAGCUGCUCCUGGCCCUGCUCAUUCAGGUCCAUUACCACAUUGGCAUCAAGUUGCCUGGCCACAGGGUUCCUCAGAAGGACACCAAGAACCAAGCACAGCCUCCCGCCUUCGUACCUGUGCACUGGGUGGUGAAGGUGGUGAAAACCCUGCUGCUGAAGAUGGGCUGCUCUUACGAGGUUGUGUUCGUGGAGGCUGAGGGCGGCUGGGAGCUCAUGGAGCAGGCGGAGAGCCACCACCUUGGAGUGUCGCUGCUGGCAAGGGCCAUGGUGCGAUACACCUGCCAGGAGCUGUGCCGUCUCCUGUACCUGCUCAUCCCUCUCCUGGAGCGUGGUGACGAGAAGCACAAGAUCACUGCCACCGCCUUCUUCGUGGAGCUCCUCCAGAUGAAGCAAGUACGGCGGAUCCCCGAGGAAUACUCUCUGGGGCGGAUGGUGGAAGGCCUGUGCCACCGAGAACCCGUCAUGAAGGUGCUGUCCAUCCGGGGCCUGACGAUCCUGGCCCGCAGGUCGGAGAAGAUGACCAAGGUGCAGGCCCUGCUGCCCUCCAUGGUGAGGAGCCUGAAGAGCCUGGAUGGGGUACUGGUGGUGGAGGCAAUCGACAGCCUCAAGACCAUCUUCAAGGGGCAGGACCGGAAGCAGAGGGACAGCUCUGUCUAUGUGGAGAUGCUGCAGGUCCUGUUGCCACACUUCAGUGAUUCCAGAGAGGAGGUGAGCGCCUCCUGCAUCAACAUGUACGGGAAGGUGGUCCAGAAGCUUCAGGCACCCUGCACGCAGGCCAUGGAGGAGCAGCUGAUCCACGCGUUGGUGCCGCUCCUGCUGAUCAUGCAGGAGAGCAAUGCCAAGGUGGGCCAGAAGUGUGUGAAGACCCUGUUCCGCUGUUCUUGCUUCAUGGCUUGGGAGUUGCCCAGGACAGCUUACAGCCGGAAGCCCUGGGACAACAGGCAGCAGGCAGUGGCCAAAAUCUGCAAGUACCUGGUGAACACCCACCGAGACAGCCUCUUCGUAUUUCUCAGCCAGGGCCUGGAGUACGCCAAGAGCCCGAAGGCCUCCCUCCGGAAGUCCUCCGUCCUGUUCAUAGGGUUCCUGGUGCCCUGCAUGGAGAAGGUGAUGACAGAAGAUUGGAUGAAUGAAGUGAAAGUUGCUCUGGAAGACCUGAGGCACGACCCAGAGGCAUGUGUGUGCAUCUAUGUGGCCCAGGCCCAAGACCACAUCCUGGCCAACUGCAGGCAGAACUCCUGGCCGCCACUGCGUGGGGACUCAGUGGGUGGCCUGGCAGCCUCGCACUGCUGGAGUCCCAGCUGUGAGAACCUGCCCACUUCCCACAAGCGGCGCUCCUGGAUCAUGCAGGUCCUGAACUCCUGGAAAAUGGCCUCGAAGCAGUGAUGAUCCAGGGACCAGCACUCCUGGCUCGCCAUAAGUGCCCCAUGUGGGUGUUCUGAGCCCUUCUUCACGGGACAGGCAAAGCUCUGAGCAGCCACACUUUGUGUAACAGAUCUGAGAGGGGAGUGUGGCUUUCCCUUGAUGACUACAUUGGCAUUUACUGAGGUGCACUGGCUGUUUUGUUGUUUUGUAUACUUUGUAUGAGAUAUUGAGGCUCAGAGAGGCGAGUGGCCUGCCCAAGGUCACACAGCAAGUUCGCUGGACAUCUCAGUUUCCGUUUCCACAUUGCAAGAGUGAAAGGAGGUGAUGAAUUGGUUGACCUUUGAGGAAAGAAGGAAGGUAGAGCCUCCUCCCACCUCAUGACAUUAGGCAUAUCCCAGAAUCCUGAGUUCUACCCAUGAGCCUUUGCCCAGCGAUUGGCACCACUGAUUCCAGCGGUAAUUGGUGAACUCCUAACCCAGCCAGGCCUGCUGUGGGUGCCAGGGGUACAGAACUGAACAGGAUCCAACCCCAGGCCCUGAGCAGUGGGAAUAGACUGAGGCAAUGGCUCUAAAGCAAAGGUGCUCUUGACCCCAAGAAAUAUUUCAUAGUGUCUGGAGGCACUUCCGGUUGUUACAGCUUGAGGGUGGAAAGGCUCUCCACGUCUACUCACCAGAAGCCAGGGUGUUCGUGAACAUCUUAUAGUGCUCAGGAACACCCCAUAACACAUUGUCAAAAGAGCUACAGUGGAGCAGUUUUGGCUUAAUGGAAGUAUGAGGGGCAUUAAAGACACCAAGGGCACAGCAGGGAGGCAAGGGGCUUUGGAGGGCAGAGGAGACGCACAGGCCAGCUAUGGGGUGUCGCUGUGUCAGAGAGGACCCUAUCUUAAAAAAGAAAAAGGAGAAAGUUCCUUCCCUUUGGGGCUACAAUAGCCCCUAGGCAUUGCUGGCUGGAGGGUAGAUUGGUGCAGCCAUUCUGGACAGGACUCUGUCGCUGUUCAGUCACAGUCACUUUAUAUAUGGCUGUGAGCCCGCAGUCCCACCAGUGGGCACAAUCUCUCUCUCUCUUUUUUGGGGGGACCAGGGAUCGAACUCAAGACCUUGUGCUUAUGAGAUAGGCAGCGGCACCACUGAGCUAAAUCCCUGGCCCAUGGGCACAGUCUUAGGGGACUCUGCCCAUAGGUCCACAGCAGAGUAGGAGGGCAGCUGGUACUGGCUGUGGUACCAGCUAGUGCUGGCUGUGGUGCUGGGGAAGGAGGCAGCCUGGUACUCCAUGGAGUCCCACUGUAGUCAGAGGCAGCAAGAGUCCAGGUAGUGCCCUAACCUCAAACCUAGUGGUGAGUGAGAAAAGUAUGUUAAAAAAAUGUUCCCAAUGAUGAAUGUCAUUGUGU